GAAAUUGAUGACGUUCACAGGUUUUAUUUCUAUAAAUGUGUUAAUAAGAGCUGAUUAUUGACAAGUUUUGAAAACAACCAGAAAAAUAUUUACCAUUUAAGGACAAUGAAAUUACAUUCUAUGAAAUUACAUGGUAUUUUAAAUAGUACGAUGUAAAAUAUUAUUAAAUACCAGUGGUAUUAUUUUUUCAGAAUCAGCAUUUUGGUCAUUUCAUAAAGGACUCGGUAUUGCACCACCACAAUGUAAUUUCUUAGCGGUAUGGAGACAUUUAGCCUUUAUUUUAGCAAAAAUAAUGAGUAUAAUGAUAAGAACUGUGUUGGACUGAUGAUCUUCAGUGUUUCUAAACUGCUGCCGACGGCCUCCUCGACAAUGUAAAUAAAGUUAAUGAUGUGAUUAUUAGUUAUUUGCAGUGAUAUACACAAUAAAUCAACGUGUCCUCGCGUGUGAUCUACGCCUAUUCUGAAGGCGAGAAAAGGUUUUGAUUGAUGGGCGGAACAACCAAUCCCAGACCAGAUGACGCACACCAUCUUGACCAAUAGCUAUCGUAGAGAAGGCGGGACAACCACAGACACGGUGCACCGGCAGAUUCAUAGACAAUCACAUUUGACAGUUAUAUUUUCGCAUAGGACUAGUGACAGGCAGGAAACGAGCCAGACUUGUGUUUUUCUCCUUGCAGUGUUGCGACCGUUUGCUUUCAUUUUCCACCAGUGAACCCGAGGGGAAAUUAUAGUAGAUACUUCGCUCCACAUUUUCAGUUUUUGUCCCCCGGCGACAGCAUAUACGAGCUCAAGAAUGACACAGAGUCCUGACUCUAAACCAGAUGAAGGGGGCCCGGGACACUCCAUGGUUCGUUUCCAUAGCUUCUUGCAUGGGGGGACCUCCAGCUUGCUGUCUACCAUCCCCACCCUCGUCGUCUUCCCUGUUUACAAGACGGUUUUCCGCCAACAAAUCCACAACAACCCAGUUCACCAGGCAGUGGGACAGCUCUACAAGGAGGGUCCUGUGAAGCUCUACAGGGGCGUGGCCCCACCAUUACUGAUGAGGACUCUGAAUGGCACCCUGCUGUUUGGUCUGCAAGACACAAUCUUCUGCCAGCUCUCGCUGUCAUCCCAAAAUAUCAUCUCCACCUCUGCCCUGCCUGCUCUGGCUGGGUUUGGUGCAGGUGUGGUAGAAGCCGUGGUGUUUACCCCCUUUGAGCGCGUCCAGAAUGUGUUGCAGAACGGCCAGAACGACCGUCAUCUACCCACCCUGCAGAGUGUUCUUGUCAGAUUGAAGGCACAGAGGCCGGCCCUGGGUUACUACAGAGCCUUUCUGCCCAUCGCAGCCCGCAACGCUCUAGGCAGCUCCCUCUACUUUGGCCUCAAAGGGCCCGUAUACGCUGUUGUUGAGGGACAGGGGCUCUCUCCACUGGCCUCCUCCUUUGUCUCAGGGGCUCUGACCUCCAUGGCAAUCAGCUUGGCUCUGUACCCACUCUCUGUGCUGGUGGCGAACAUGCAGGCGCAGGUGGGAGGGGAGGUGAAAGGGGUCGUGGCUUGUUGGAGGAUGCUGUGGAAGUCUCGGCAGCGGAGUGUGACUCUGCUUUACAGAGGAGGAUCCCUUGUUAUUUUGAGAUCGUGCAUCACAUGGGGAAUCACCACUGCUCUCUAUGACAGACAGGUGAAACGUUCAGGCUGAGGAGACACAGAGGAUAAUUCUCUGUAUCAAAUUGACAGGUUGAUAACAGUCUUUUUACAUUGUCUUCGAUAUUUAUUUCCCUAGCAUGCUCGGUUGCAAAUUCCCCAAGAACACAUUUCCUCUUUGUGCAGGUGCUUCAACCCGUCUACAGGAGUCCAGCAGGCACAAUGACCUGAUCCAUCAUCAGCAAGGCUGAGCCACUGCCAGUGCCCGAGCCCCAGUCUCUGAGAUGGUGGGCGAGUAUUUAUUGUCAGCCAAAGUUGUUUGAGCACUAAUACGGUGCUGGUGAAUCACAAAUCGCCUUGUAUUUUUAUUGUCUUAAAGGGGUAAUUCACCUAAAACUCAAAAGGUGUUUUCAGACAUAAACUCAUUUAUUUUUUAAAUUUGCCGAACAAAUCCGACGAGCGCAGCAAGAGAUUGUCCAAUUCAGACGCUUCCACAACAGCAUUAACAUUUUUGGAACCUUCUGUGGCGUAUCAAAAACAUGACAAUAAUUCUGUUCCAGAAAGCAGUAGGGUUUUUUUAAAAGUCAUCAACAUGUCUACUCACUCACUGUGAAUCUUUCAGAGAUUUCACAUGGGCUCACUUGGACAUUUUCCAGAAAUCGACUAGGGGGCUAGCAGGAGCAGGUCCAGUAAAUGUGCAGAGCUCCGUAGGAGGAGUUCAGGAAAAUGUCCAGACUUUAGUGCAUGUCUGACAGCAGCAUAAGUCCGUUUACAGCCCUACAGCCAGUAAAAGCAGCACUGUGUAUAAUAUCAUCUGUAGCUUCGGAGAAACAUUUUCUUUCAUGGGAAUUUAAGAUAUUACUACCUUUAUUAUCAUAGCAGAAAUUAGAAAUGACAGGGAAUGGGGGUAAAGAAAUAGGGUCACUCGCCUGAUGUUAAUUACAUGAGUAUCUCAACGUAUGCUUGAAGAUUUCAUUACAGAAAGCCUGCAACGCAGGAAGGGGGUUGGAUUUUGUUGUUAACCACAUCCACCACAAAAUUGAUUUUGGUGUGGAAAUAAGAUCCAUCAUUUUAAGGGCUGGAGCCUUACCAGGGUCUAAAAGUGGGGAUGUAGCAGCCCCUGCUGCUUUAUUUUGUCUCUUGCGGGUACCUCAAUUACAGGGGAAGUGAAAUGCUAAAUCACUGGAGUUCCUUUUAAGUUCAUGACUGUGCUUGUAAAUAAAUGUUCAAGGUGUUGGAUGAACGGAUGGCUGCAAAAAAUACAUUAAGUUAGGACUCAGGGAUCAGCACUGUUAGCUCACAGCAAAAUGGUCCUGGGCAAGAAUCUGUCAGCCAGUCAGCUUCUUCCCAUGUCCACGCUGUCCAUGAACAUGCAGGUUAGGUUCAUUGGAGUGCUACACAGCACUGUGUCGCUCUGUCAACACACAUACAAGGUACCCUGUCCCGGUCAAAUGAGUCUCUGUGAAAGGAAAAUGUCCCCUGUCUGUAACCUCGCCAUGUACCUGUAAAUCGGCACAGAAUAACUUGCCAGAAGUGCAUUAAUAAAAUAUUCUUAUUAUUGACAA